CGAUAACUUUUUACACAAGCACACACACACAGAGAGACACACACGCACACAUAUAGACAACCCUGGCAGUGGUCGCUGUAGGAGAAAGAUAACCAGCAAUUAAUAUAAUAAAUGCCAAAUUGAUUCUCCCCACGCAGUCCGUAGUGGUUGCAGCUACAGUCACACCGCUAUUAGUUAACACAUUAUAUUGCUAGUUUGUGGCCUAAUCUCAAGAUUAGAUUUCGUUUCCCACUACAGAGGAGAGAACAUUAAGUUUUGGUCACAAAUGAACUCAAUUCUGAUAACCGGCUGCAAUAGAGGCUUGGGCCUGGGCCUAGUUAAGGCUUUGAACGCUUUGCCACAGCCACCGCAGCAUUUAUUUACCACAUGUCGCAAUCGGGAGCAGGCAACGGAGCUGCAAGAUCUGGCGAAAAAAUAUUCCAACAUACAUAUUCUCGAAAUAGAUCUCAGGAACUUUGAUGCCUAUGACAAACUGAUUGCCGACAUUGAAGCGAUUACCAAGGACAAAGGAUUAAAUGUGCUCUUUAAUAAUGCUGGCGUGUCACCGAAAUCGGUACGCAUUGGCGCCACCAAGCAUCAGGAUUUGUUGGAUACCCUGCAGACAAACACUGUGGUGCCUAUUAUGAUGGCCAAAGCCUGUUUGCCCCUGUUGAAGAAGGCCUCGACGGCCAACGAGGAUCAGCCAAUGGGCGUGGGACGGGCAGCCAUUAUCAAUAUGAGCUCCAUUCUGGGUUCCAUACAAUCGAACGUCCAGGGUGCCAUGUAUGGCUAUCGUACUUCGAAAGCGGCAUUGAAUGCUGCAACCAAAUCGUUAAGCAUCGAUCUGCAGGCCCAGAAAAUAAUGUGCAUUAGCCUGCAUCCUGGCUGGGUGCGCACCGACAUGGGUGGCAGCAGUGCCCCAUUGGAUGUGACCACCAGCACCGAGCAGAUGGUGCAGACCCUCAUCCAAAUGGGCGAGAAGCACAAUGGUGGAUUCUAUCAAUAUGAUGGCGAACAAUUGCCGUGGUGAAAUCGUUGUAGUCAAUAACCAUUUUGUUGUUUGUUGAUUAAUAAUAAUGAUAAUAAUAAUAAUAA